GAGCAGACACUCAGCAUCUCCUCCAGACAAUGGACCGGGCUGGCGAGCUCACUUCACUGUAAACCACGUCUAGGAAGCGCACUUCGGCUCUGUGUGGGGGACUUGGAGCGGCCGUCGCGGUUCGAGGAGCUCCUGCAGUAAUUUGGCCGUGAGGACGAACCACCAGUCAGCUACACGGCCGGACCAGAGUCUAAGAUGCCCUAGGCGGGGAGAAGAGAAAUGUAAAUGGCUUCCAAAGUAAAAGAUGCUGUGGUGUGGUACCAGAAAAAGAUUGGCGCCUACGACCAACAGAUAUGGGAGAAAUCCGUGGAGCAGAGAGAAAUAAAGUUUAUUUCUCUGGGCUUGAGGAACAAGCCAAAGAAGACGGGACAUGUCAAACCAGAUCUCAUAGAUGUGGACUUGGUUAGAGGUUCGGCGUUUGCCAAGGCCAAACCUGAGAGUCCGUGGACGUCACUGACUAGGAAGGGCAUCGUCAGAGUCGUCUUCUUCCCCUUCUUUUACCGAUGGUGGAUCCAGGUCACCUCCAGAGCCAUUUUCCUCUUAUUGCUGGCUCUCUAUCUGCUGCAAGUGGCAGCAGCAGUCCUGUACGUGAGCAUCCCUCAGCCUCAUGGGAUACCGGCCACCGAGGUGUUCGGAGCCAUCUGGCUCAUGCUGCUGCUGGGCACCGUCCACUGUCAGAUCGUCUCCACCAGAACCCCGAAGCCUGCCUCGAGCAGCGGGGGCAAGAGACGCAGGAAGUUGAGGAAGGCAUCUCAGAUGGAGGUGCAUAGGGAAGGCGACGGGUCUAGCACUACCGAUAACACACAGGAGGGGGCGCCACACUCCCACUCAGCCAGCACCACAUACAGCCUGGGCGCUUUCUUCCAAGAUUUCUGGCAUGAUAUCUGUAAAGCUGGAUCUAAGAAGUCCAAGCUCUCCAUCGACAAAUCAACGGAGACGGACAACGGCUACGUGUCGCUGGACGGCCGGGUGACCAAUCGCAGCAGUGAGGAGGGUCUUCAGCUCCACGAGCAGCGAUGUGAUUUGUUGAACAGGGCUGAUGAGGUUUGCUGGAACUCCCACAUUCAGCCUGCACACGCUCACACAGGACGAAGCUCAGGACUGAUGCUGGCCAGCGGCAACAAGGACCCUGCGUCCGAUGAGGCGUCCAGCGAGGAGGACCCUGAAGCUUCCUACAGCGCCCUCCGCAGGGGUGUCGAGAGAAUGAACAGUGACUGUGCGCUUCGAAACCGCAAGAGUUCCCACCAUUACAAGAAACACUACGCUGUGGAGGAUGUCCCCAAGUCAGGCACCAGCUGUAGCUCCAGAUGUUCAAGUCUGAGGACACAAGACUCAGAGAGCACUCGACACGAGUCAGAGACCGAGGACCUGAUGUGGGAAGACUUCCUGCACUGUGCAGAGUGCAGGUCGUCCUGCACCUCAGAAACAGAGGGAGAAGGAGGAGGAACACCCGUCUGUCCUCCUGCUAAGAAGGAAUACAGAGACGACCCUUUCCAUCAGGGUCACGUUCCCUGGCUGCACAGCUCCAACCCCGGCCUGGAGAGAGUGAGCGCCAUCGUGUGGGAGGGGAACGAGUGUAAGAAGGCUGACAUGUCAGUGCUGGAGAUCAGCGGCAUGAUCAUGAACAGAGUGAAUCUUUACACUCCUGGUAUCGGGUACCAGGUCUUUGGGAACCUGGUUUCAGUAACACUCGGACUCACUCCCUUCGCUUACAGGCUGGCUCAGUACCGUGAUUUGGAUCAGCUGACGACGCUCUCGGCCAAUGAGCUGCUGUCUGUGGCGCUGGGAGGCGGCUGUGGGUCAGAUGGCUUGGUGAUCACCAUGGUAACGCUCAGCUUCCUGGUGCGCGUUUGCCUUAUAUGGCUCUUCUUCUUCCUGCUCAGCGUAGCGGAGAGGACCUACAAACAGAGGCUGCUGUUUGCCAAACUGUUCGGUCACCUGACUUCGGCCCGCAGAGCCAGGAAGUCUGAAGUCCCACAUUUUAGACUGAAGAAAGUUCAGAACAUCAAAAUGUGGCUGUCGCUACGCUCCUACCUCAAGAGACGGGGUCCUCAGCGUUCAGUGGAUGUCAUUGUGUCGUCCGCCUUCCUGCUCACUUUGUCUGUCGUCUUCAUCUGCUGCGCCCAGCUGCUUCACGUCCACGAAACGUUCCUGGAGUGUCACUAUAACUGGGAGCUGGUGAUCUGGUGCUCCAGUCUGUCGCUGUUCCUGCUCAGGUUCGUCACUCUGGGCUCAGAGACCAGCAAGAAGUACAGCAACACCUCCAUACUGCUCACUGAACAGAUCAACCUGUAUCUGAAGAUGGAGAAGAAGCCAAACAAGAAGGAGGAGCUGACACUGGUCAACAACGUCUUAAAACUGGCCACCAAACUACUCAAGGAGCUGGAUACUCCGUUCAGGUUGUACGGUUUGACUAUGAACCCUCUGCUCUACAACAUCACCCAGGUGGUCAUCCUGUCCGCCGUGUCGGGAGUCAUAUCUGACCUGUUAGGAUUUAACCUGAAGCUGUGGAAGAUCAAAUCAUGACAGUGAACCGAGAAGCGGCGGCGUCGACUCUCCACUCUCACUGACUGACUCACUGAAAGACUGAACGUCAGUCUCAACAUAUCAGAGUGCUUUGACCUUCAACGUUCCCACUUUGUGCAAUUUCACAACCUAUUUAUUUACCCACUCAGUGUUUUUAACUUAGGGUUUAUUUGAAUUCUAGUUUGUUUCAUUUUUGUGGUCUGUGACACGAGACUAUAUUUUACCUGUCUACAAAAAGUAUUAUUAUGAGCAUAAAUUAUUCUUGUUAACGGUUUAGGUUCUCAGCUGCAUUCACCAGUCUGAAGGCAAAGUAUUGAGAUGCUGAUGAGGCAAAAAUCCUUUUGUUGUAAUUUUUUGUGUUUUUAUUCGCUUAAACUGAAAGUUCUUAUUUAUACGUCGAGUGAGUUUCAAGACUUUAAAAACCUGUUUUCCAGUACACACAGUGGUUUCUCUUCCAACAAUCAGAUGAGUUGGAAUUUGUCAGAAUCGGUUUCUAGUUUUAUUCCGACCUGAUGCUUUAGUUGUAAGAGUUCAGACACAUUCUGAGAGGAUGCAGUAAAUGCUUUAAAUCAAUGAGGAUGUUGGGAUCAGACUGGGACACCUUCAUGGUCCACCAACAGGAAUGUCUGGCAAAGAUCAUUGACAACUAUUUUCUACUUUUACCAGCUCCCAGGUGUGAACCUUUCAAAUGUUACAUAUCUGUUGAUGGAUGUUAACACAACGGUUCUGCAGGUACACUUUCUGACUUAUCUGAGAACGUUGUUGCUUUAUGUAGUUCUCACCGGGCAGCCGUAGACAUCAGCACUGCAAAGAAACAAUCAUCAUGGAAACAAACAGGUGACAUUUACAACAACUGGUGCGUAAACAUUUCACAAACACCGAACUGUGUGUAGGAAACAAGGUUGGAAGAAAGAUUUACUGCAGUCAGCAUGACGUAGAACAGGUCGCUUUUUAUUCACUUUUUAAUGAUUUUAUCACCCGUCAACAGUAUUUUCCAGCAAUACACGUGUAGAUAGUUACUUUUUAAUUUCAUAUAACAUCCGUUAUAACCUUUGUUCGCUGCAGACCUCUGACUGUCCUCGUCGCUGCAUGUUAGGACACGUCGUUUUUAAAACUGUUUUUGCUUUCAGCUCCGUUUCUCCUUUUGACUUCUGUGGAAAUUGACACAGAGUUUUAUUUUUUUCUCAAACUGAAAGUCUGAGAGAGAUGCUGUUAUUUAAUUCUCCAGUUCGUCAACGAGAACUGAUGACUUCAGCUGUAACCUCUCACUUUUGAGACGCAGAAGUACUGGUUUUGUCUGAGUAAUAGAUUACUAGCUCCAUUUAUUCAGCCAGUUUAGAUACUCUUUGGAUUUUUUUAUAAGAUAUGAUAUCAAACUCCCCCCAGAGCUACUUAAAGAUGGUAGAUUUGUGUGCAUGACAUUUCAGUGAAGUCCUUUAGCUCCCGUCUGUCACAGGUUUCUGCAGUGAAAACGUGUCUGUCCGUGGAUGAAGAUAUGCACUUUAAAAACAGACUUUAAACGGAAGAGAAGACGUUACAUCUUGUUUCAAUGUCAAAAUGUUCAGAGAUUUUGUUUUUCUUUGUACCUCACUUGUGUGAGAAGGUUGUGUGUGUGUGUGUGUGUUUGGCGUUAAAGCGAAUGCUAGCUCAGAACUUACAAAUUUCCACAAUCCUCUGAUUCAACGCGGUACGUGAAGCUCAGAUGCCCACAGACAGCAUCUUACAAUAAGAGUAAACGCUGACAGAAAUCUUCGCCUCCGUUCAUGAGUUAGCAUUCUGCUGCCCGAAACAAGCUUCAUUCAUCAAAAUGCUAGCAUAAUCAUCUUCAGUGUGUUUGAGGAGGAAGACCAAAGUGCUUAUUUAAUUGUUUUUGUUUGUCUCUGCUGGGAAAAGAAUGUAUUUGUAGCAUUAUGCUUUAAAAUCGACUUGUUUCCCGUUGGAAAUACUUUUGUUUGUAUUUUUGUUUUCUUUUUGGCAUUGUGCUUUUUUUUUUUUUUUGGUUCUUUCACGGUUCAUUUGUAAAGGCUGUUUGUUCCUCACGCUCCUUAGGAAGACGAAGAGGCACGUUUUACUGUGUUUUUAAAGGAACAAAGAUGUUUGAAUUGUACGUAUGAAAGUGAAUCUAGGUAAAGGACUCCACGUCGUGAUGCUGUUUUCAAAGAGUCCGAAUAUUUAGAUUUAGUUUCUUUUCUUUUUUUUUUUUUGUGAACUGGUCUGUCCACAAGGUCUACGUUUUUAUAAGAAAAAUAAAAAAAAGUGGAUGUUGAA